AUAGUGUAAUCGUCAUCAUCUUUUGACUACAAGAUUGAACAAUCAAGUAGUUGCGGUCGGACCAGUUUUGAGAGAGAGAAGACUCUGUAGUGUCUGUAGAGAGAGAAAGCGAGUGAUAUGUGGCUGAAUUUAUGUGGUGCUGCUAAUGAUGUCUAGUCUCCAGAUGUAGAAAAGUUGCAUGAUAUUUAAUCAGGAUGGGGGCUUGUAUUCAUAUUAUGGUCAAAACCGUUAAUGCUAUGGUCGGCUGCUGCAUUGAGUUUGGUGCUUCGAAAUUGGUAUCGGAAAAAAUUUCAAAUUCUGCGAAGAAGAAGAAUGAUUAUAUUCAUAGGCGUUACAGGGUUAGGAUGGAUGAAAAGCCAAGGAAAGAGAAGAUAGCUCUGCCACAUCUAGAUAUAGAGGAGGUGAAGAAAUCAUCAUCAAUGGUGUCCUCACCACCAUCAUCGCCAUCGACCUUACGAAAAACAUCCAGUGUAAGAUACAAUUGCCUGUGCUCACCAACCACACAUGCUGGAUCUUUUCGGUGCAGGAAACACAGAAAUGCUAGUACGCUAACUCGCAACAGCAUGUCGGUUGGCUCUAAACUAUCAGACUUAGCUGUUGCCCCUAAAUUGUCAGAGUUAGCCGGUAAACCAGCCAGAUUGUAUGAUCUCCAUGCUCAGUAAGCUUUAUUUUUACUGAGGUUUCAUGCUUUUUAAGACUACGAAUGUAAUAGUGACAUGGUUGUUGUAUUUGUUUCUGUUAAUAAUUUGAGAUCCUAAUCUGAAUUUGCUUAUCAGCAACUUCAGAGCUAUUAGACUCAAGUUUUCUGCUUC